AUAUAUAUAUAUAUAUAUAUAUAUAUACAGAAAGACAGAAAGCGAGGAUUUUCAAUGAUUUCUAAUAAGAAACAGUUUUUUUUUUUUAUAAUGAAUGACUUAUCUGAACAGAGCUGAUCACUUUGUGAUAUGAACUUAGUGUCUGAAAGCUGGAUAAAAUACACAGAGAUUGAUUGAUAUUCUUGAUAUUGAUUAUUGCAUAUCAAUAUAAUAUAUAGGUAGUCUUCUAUUUUUUCAGGUCAGUAGUGCCGGAUCAGUAUGAUUCAGUUAUUGUGGUAUGAGAUAUGUUCUGUCUCCCUCCCUGUUCUGUCUAAAGCUUGAUUUUUAGGUGAACUUUACAAGGAAAAAACAAGGCUGCCAAGUGUCAACAUACUUGAGUGCCAUCAUACGUGACACACGCAACAUAAAAUAACACACACACACACACACGCACUGUGUGUGUGUACUUAUUCUGAUCCACUUUAGUAAUCAUAUAAUCACUAAGAUUUUUCAGGACAAACAACAUAGGAAUUAUGGAGUCACAUCUGUAACAUAAACAAAUACGCAACAUAAUCAUAAACCAUGAGCAAAAUAACAAACUUAGUACAUGCUAAUGUAAUAAUAAUUCAUUGUGUACUUUUAGUUUCUGUAUUAGUCACACUCGCAUGUGAUGCAGAUAAGGUUGCUAAUGCAGCAUUCUUCUUUGAAAAUAUGGAUUUGUUUGUGAAACAUUACAGCUUUAAAAGGACUGGACAGACUAGUUUUGACAGAUGUUUCGGAAAGCAACUUAUUUCAAAUAAGUCUAAAAAUUAUUGCACAACAAACACACAAAUUAUUGUAUACAAAUAAUUCAAUUUCAUUCAUAUUUAUUUGUAUAGCACUUUUCAUAAUAUACAGUUUCAAAGCAGCUUUACAGAACAUGUUUCUAUAAUUAAGAGUAAUCUGUUAUCAGAGGUGACUGUGUCAGAACAAUGUUCAUAUGGCAGAAAUAUACUGUUAUAAAGAUACUUAAGAAAAUAUACUUAAAUAUAAAAAUAUACUUAAGAAAAGAUAAUACAAAUCAUGCAGUUAUCUAACAUCAUGUAUUCACUUAAGUAACAGAAAAAUUAAAUGUAAGACAAAUGUUUCUAUAUGCCCAGCAGUGUUAAAUGUUUUUAAAACAGGUCUCAUAACUGAAAGAACACAUUACUGUUUCUGUAGUUAUUAGGGGACAUCAGAGCAGGGCCAUGACUUUGAAAAUAUAUUAGGAUGGAUUUCCACUUCUAUCAUGAUUUUAUCCUUUGUACCAUUUUAUACUUUGUUGUGAAUGUACAUCUAAAUUACUAAUUACAUACAAGAAACAAGUGGCUAUUUUUGGAGUAUCAUCAGGACUGUCACAAAUGUUUUACUUUCAUUUUUUAAUCUUGGACUGCAGUACUGGGAAACUGCAAAAUGCGGGCAGGUGAUGUAAUACAGGUGUGUUUUUAAAAGAAUGCACGUGAACUGUCUGUAUUUAAGCUCCACUAGUUCACUUCAAGAUGCAUUCAUACGUUCUUUUGUUUUUGUUUUGUGUUUUGAGGUUAUGAAGGUCUGAUUAUGGCCAUAAAGGAACUGACAGUAUUUGUGGUGUUUUCUUGGAUUGUCUGUACUACUGGACAUGAAUUCUUCUCAUCAAUAGAAAAAGUUGCACAGCUUUUCGAGGAGGAGAAAGACCUUCUGGAAAGCUUCAGGUUCUACAUCGAUGCUGAAGAAAAGAAUGUAGAGAGAAUGAAGAGUGUUCUUCUGGUUCUUCAACUACUCACAUUCUCUGACCCUGAGUACACUGAGAAAACCCUGAGAGACCCUGUGGCAGCUUACAAACUCCUCAGACGAGUGAGAAUUGAAUGGUUGACUAUUGUUGAAUACACUCAGCUGAGUCUUUAUGAGAAGUAUCAGACACUGCUGGAGUUCGCAGAGAUCCCACAGCCUGAGGACGUGGAUGGUGCAGCUUCAGAACUGAUCAGACUGCAAGAGUUCUACAAACUCUACCCACACAACAUCACAAAGGAAACAUCUCUAAGUGCAGAUCAAGCCUACCAUAUAGGGUUGGUCGCUUAUGAUGAGGGUAAAUUCCAGCAUGCCUUUCUCUGGUUUCUGUACAGUCUGGACAGAUUAACAGAAUACUCAACCACUACUGAGGAAGAGUUGCUCCAUUACCUUAGUUCCUCAGCCUAUCAUUUUGGCAGCCUACCUGUGGCAAUCUACUUCAAACAGCGGCUUCUAAAUCUGGAUCCAACUAAUGACGAAGUCAAAGUUGAGCUGAGCCUUUACAAACACCUUCGCUUCCAAAAAACUUCAAAUCCUGACAUAUUCACACUGAACACAACGUCAAAUAACUCCUAUGAGGCACUGUGCAGAGGAGAGAUUGACGAGAGGACCUCCAAGAGGCAGAGGGCGCUGUCCUGUAGGUACAGCACAGGUGGAGGAAACCCCAGACUGAUGUACGCACCAGUGAAAGAGGAAGUGGAGUGGGACGAGCCUCGCAUCAUCAGAUAUCAUGACAUUAUAUCAGACAGAGAGAUAGAGAUCCUGAAGAAUAUCUCCAGACCUCAACUUUCUAGGUCUGAGACUAGACAAGGAAUUUCAAACUACCGUGGUUCUCAAAGUGUUUUUCUGGAGGAAGACCACACUGUGCUUGUUCGUAUCAGUCAGAAUAUUGCAGACAUCACAGGACUCUCCAUGGAAUCAGCUGAAAGUCUACAUGUUCAGAAUUAUGGGAUUGGUGGCAGAUUUGGACCACAUUAUGAUGCAUGGGAUGAUGAGAAUGGAAGGAUUGCUACGUUCUUAAUUUAUAUGAGUGAUGUGGAGAUAGGGGGCGCCACUGUGUUUCCUGAAGUUGGAGUUGCAUUAAAGCCAAAAAAGGGUUCAGCGGUGUUUUGGUACAACCUCCUAAAGAAUGGCGAACUGGAUUGGGAAUCACAACAUGCUGGAUGCCCUGUGUUAAUGGGUAACAAAUGGGUGGCUACUAAAUGGAUCCAUGAGUUUGGACAGGAGUUCAGGAGACCCUGUUCUUUGUCAGACUGGGAGUGAAAACACUGUGACCAUUUAGAAAUAUUAUGAAGUUUAUCUGUACUAUAGAAGUAUUUGUACUCUAUCUGUUAUUUUAUUAUGUAUUAUAAGUUUUUAUACUGUAGAUCUGUAACAUACUGUAGAUAUAUAUUGUAUUAUAUUUUACUGUGAUUUACUACUGUCUAGGUGGCAGUAAUGUUAAAAAUAACUGUAAUAUACAAUAGAACAAGUGCAAUAGAGUAAAAACAUGAAGUUUCAUCAAGAUAUCAAUGGAUAAUCACAUUACCUGAGUUGAUCAAUCCUAGCAACUAGCAAGUGCGUUAUUCCUGUAGAUGAGACGCAGUUCUCUGCAGUUGUAUUUAAAGCUUAAUUUUACAUGUUUCCUGUUCAGUCUGUGCUGGAAUGACGAUUCACAUGUUUUACAAGUUUUGUAGUAUGUGUAGUUGUGCAUGUGUUGUGCUGUAAGACUGGUAGGUAUGUAUAUGAAGUCUGAAACUGGAUUAUCUACAGUAGGUACAGCCUCACAUGCAGAGAGCAGGACUGUCAAUAUACCUCAACUCUCACAGCAACACACACAAUAUACUAAUGAUCAUAAUUUUACAAGAAUUUGAAGACUGUAACUAUUAUGAAUAAAUGAAUCCUAUUUAAGGA